UCACCUUUCGUUUAUUCACAAUCCAUAAACACUUUCCUCUCUUUCUUUCUCUCUUUAACCCUAAAACAUGGCAUCCUCUACCAGAAACAAUCUUACAAUAAUUCUUUUAGCCGGAAUUCUCGCCGGAGUUGCAGUGGCUCAAAACUGCGGCUGCCCUUCUGAUCAGUGUUGUAGCCGAUGGGGUUUUUGUGGGACAACUGAAGAAUAUUGUGGGACUGGUUGCCAAGAAGGCCCUUGUUUUUCUCCUCCUCCUACAAAUGAUGUUGCAGUGCCCGAAAUUGUAACGCCUGAAUUUUUCAAUGGAAUAAUUGAUCAAGCUGAAGAUAGUUGUGUUGGGAAAAGAUUUUAUUCACGAGAGGUUUUUCUUGAGGCUUUGGAUUCGUAUCCUCGGUUUGGUAGAGUUGGUUCUGCUGAGGAUUCUAGGCGUGAGAUUGCAGCUUUCUUUGCCCAUGUUACACAUGAGACUGGACACUUUUGCCACAUAGAAGAGAUAAAUGGUGCAACAAGGGACUACUGUGACGAAGACAACACACAGUAUCCAUGCAAUCCUGAAAAAGGUUACUAUGGCCGCGGACCCAUUCAACUAUCUUGGAACUUCAACUAUGGACCGGCCGGAGAAAGCAUCGGGUUCGACGGAUUAAACUCACCUGAAACCGUGGCCAACGAUCCAGUUAUUUCAUUUAAAACAGCACUUUGGUAUUGGAUGAACAAUGUCCAACCUGUGAUAGGACAAGGUUUUGGAGCUACUAUUCGAGCCAUUAAUGGUGCUCUUGAAUGUGAUGGUGGAAACUCUGCUACUGUUCAAGCUCGGGUUGGGUAUUAUACUGAUUAUUGUGACCAACUUGGUGUUGCUCCUGGAGAUAAUUUGACCUGUUAGGACAUAAAAUAUAGCACAGACAUACAUAUAUAUUCUGCUUUUUUCUUUUUCCUAUUUGGAUUUUCUUUUAAAUUUUUGUACUUUCUAAUAAGAAUAAAAGUUUAUGUAAUCAGCACAAAAAAA